AUGAAUAGUUCCUUUACGACGACUCCGGAAACUACGACAAUCGUUCGAAGUUACAGCUUAAAGGUUGGAAAGGAGAACCCUAGCAAUGUUCUGUCUCAGGCUCUCGGUAGCGCGACCAAGCAUGACGAAGAAGGUGACCUGAGGGCGCGCGUAACAGCUGAGGAGUGGCACCGAUGGCUCUAUGGACCUUCUCCAACUUCGGACGCUUCGAUCUUCAGCCCGCUGGAGCGAGAGCGAGAGGAGCUCAUACGGGUCUGGCAAGAGUUUCAGCGAAUAUUUGUCAAUCCAGGCGCAGACAACAUUUCGGCACUUGACUCCCACAGAAUUCCAACCAUCGCAACACUGCAGGCCGCUGUCGAGGAUGCCCACACGAACUGGGAGGUGAAGCACCAGUCGGGAUUUGGCAGAGCUAAAACUCGAUUUCGGGAGUUUAUUGAGACGAUGAAUGACCACUCUUACCUGUUCAAGUUUGUUCCCGCACAAGACAAGUACCUGAGUCUCCUGACGGGGGUGGUAGCCACCGUCGUCAAGACGUCACUGAAUUAUCAAAAGAUUGCCGAGGGCUUCUCGCUUGCACUGGUGGAAAUGAGCGCAAACCUGAGAUACGUCGAGAAGAAAACCCAUAUUGCAAAUACCGCAGAAAUGCAGCGGCUCGUGGUCGAACUUUACGUCAAGAUCUUCAAGUUUCUCUGCCACGCAAUGUCCUUCUUCCACAAGCGUCGCAAGAGGUUUUUUGCGUCUUUUGAUAAGACCUUCUACGAUAGAAGCGUCCAGGCCAUGGUGGAUGACAUCCAGAAGACUAUCAAACGCAUCAAAGACGAAGCACAGCACACGUCAGAACUUCGGAUCGAAGAGAUAAACUCGAAGGUUGACUGGCUGGUCAGGUUGCAAGAGUUGGGUACUCAUAGCCACGGAAAUAGCCAGCAAGAAAUUGAUGACAAGAAUGCAACGGCGGCAAUUGGCUUUAAGAGGCUAGGUGAAACUGCAGUUCGCCACUUGGGGCUCGUUGAGGAGCAGGUGAGGCUAUGUAAGUGUCUUUUUAUCUUUUCUGUUGGAAAAAGUGCACCAUGA